UGGAGAACCUGAUUCUGAGACUCCAGAAAGAUGUCUUAUCAACAGCAGCAGUGCAAGCAGCCCUGCCAGCCACCGCCUGUGUGUCCACCCGCAAAGAUCCCUGAGCCCUGCCCACCCCCAAAGAUCCCUGAGCCCUGCCCACCCCCAAAGUGCCCUGAGCCCUGCCCACCUCAGCAGUGCCAGCAGAAAUGCCCUCCUGUGCAGCCUCCUGCACCAUGCCAGCAGAAGUGUCCACCCAAGAGCAAGUAAUAGCUUGAGGAUUCAUCAGGACCAUGAAAGGAUAAGGACAAUUGGCUCACCCAGUUCCAAAGCUCCACCUUCACAUUCUCCUCAAAGCCUCU